UAUGUACGGAAGGCCUACUGUACAAAAACAAUACAAUGUUGGAUUUUUAUGAGGGCCUAUCUGUUUUGUUAUGAAUGUUUAAUUGUCAGAUAAACCAGGACCUGAGGCCACUGUCACUGUGUCUGACCAGUAUUCAGUGAAUCAAUAGUCUGUACUGCAAUUACAAGUAAGCAUUAAAAGAAACAUGAGUGCUAACGGCAGUCAAGGUCUCACUCUCGAGCAGCAGAAAAGAAUAGAAGAAAACAGACAGAAAGCCUUACAAAAACGAGCAGAGAAGCAAAGCCCAGUGAAAAAUAAUCCCACAUCUGCCUUUAAUAAACCCACUAAUGCUGCAGCAAGUGUGGAUUCUCUAAAAGCAAGAAUAGAAACCAAUCGAGAGAAAGCUAUGGAAAUCCGAAGUGCAAAAGUUACAACAGUUUCUAAUGAUUGUUUAAACAUUAGUAAAAGUAAUUUCUCCCAGACUUCUGUUAUGACCAAUUUUAGCUUAAAAAAUGUCCAGCCUAACAAUAAUGAUCAUGAGAAAGUUGGUUUUAACCAAUAUGCAUACAAGAAUUUUAAGGGUCAACAAAUAAACAAUUCUUUACUCAACAAAUUACCUCAAAAUGGUGAUAGCAAAAAUAACAACCACAAACCACAAAACACAAAAGGUAAUUCAAUAAUGUCUAAAGAAAAAUUUUUUGGACUACAACAAAAGUUAAAAGGAAAAUGUGUACUUAUCAGCAAAAACAUGUUCUGCGUUGAUGUUGGGUACAGCACACCUCUCAUUGAAUACUUCAAGAAGAUGAAAACCAAAAGCUAUGAUUAUGCUUCCAAGUUAUGGUCUUUCAAGCUAGAGGAGUAUAGUGAAUUUAUGAAAGGUGCAGCUAAUUUCCAGCCUGAUAUUGAAAUAGAAGGACUUCCACGAUGGAUCCUGAAAACAUUUGGUUCACCUAUAGAAGAGGAGGAAAUUAUACCUGAAGCAGACCUGAGCAGUGUAGAUGGAUGUCUAGUCCAGACACUUCUGCCAUUUCAGAGGCAUGGGAUCAAUGUUGCAAUUCAUCGCAAUGGAAAGUUAUUAUUGGCUGAUGACAUGGGGCUUGGAAAAACUCUUCAAGCUAUAUGCAUAGCUUGCUACUAUAGAAAAGAAUGGCCUUUGCUUGUUGUCUGUCCAUCUUCAGUUCGUUUUGAUUGGGCGCAGCAAAUAUGCAAAUGGCUUCCCAGUGUCGCAGCCUGUGAUGUUAAUGUAAUAGAAACAACAAAGAUGAGCGCAACUUCUGGACUGGUCAAUAUUAUUAGCUAUGACCUACUUUCAAGGAAAGGCUCUGAAAUUCCUGUAGAUUUUUUUAAAGUUAUAAUUAUGGAUGAAUCUCAUUUUCUAAAAAAUGCUAAAACUGCGAGGACCAGAGCUGCUCUCCCUUUGUUAAAGAGUGCCAGACGGGUGCUCCUGUUAUCAGGGACCCCAGCCCUGUCAAGACCAAACGAAUUAUUCUGUCAAAUUACAGCCAUUUGUGCAGAUCUCUUCAAGUUCCACGACUUUGGUUUGAGGUACUGCAAUGCUAAUCAGUUGCCAUGGGGAUGGGACUAUACUGGUUCAUCUAACAUGCAAGAGCUGCAGUUAUUGUUAGAAAAAAAGAUAAUGUUAAGACGGCAAAAGAAAGAUGUCUUAUCUCAGCUUCCUGCCAAAACCAGACAAAUAUUUGUCCUGGAUCACAGUUUAGUAAAGAAAAAUAAAGAUCUUAAUGUUGCCUCCAAGUUGAUGCACAGCAAGAAGUUAAAGGGUUCAGACAAGCAAGGAGCUCUUCUUCAAUAUUUUAAUGAAACUUGCAAGGCUAAAUUAAAUGCUGUCAGGCAAUACUUGUUGGAUCUGGUAGAGUCAGAUAAAAAGUUUUUAGUGUUUGCUCAUCAUAAAGAGAUGCUGGACUGCAUAGAGGAUGGAAUUAAAUCUCAGUCUCCAGACAUCAAUUACAUCCGAAUAGAUGGGAGAACAUCAUCUGAGCUCCGCCACGAGUUUUGUAAAAAGUUCCAGACAAACGACUCCUACAGGGUAGCCAUACUGUCCAUCACUGCGGCCAACGCUGGACUUAACCUGUGUGCUGCCAGUCUUGUGAUAUUUGCUGAGUUGUUCUGGAAUCCAGGGAUAUUAGUGCAAGCUGAAGACAGAGCUCACAGAAUAGGGCAGGAAGAUUCUGUGACUAUACAAUAUUUGCUGGCUAAAGGGACGGCUGAUGACUACAUUUGGCCUCUUGUCCAGACAAAGCUUAACGUCUUGAGCAAAGCUGGUCUGACUAAAGAUAAUUUUUCUGAUGCCGACACUACACAUGUGGCUGACAAAAACCAGAGUAGUAUCUUGGACCUGUUCAUGUCAGAUUUCAUUGACAACUCAGGUCUAGAGAAGUUGCAGGGAGAUAACUCAGGUGUAGAGAAGUUAGAGGGAGACAACACAGUAAUAGAAAAGCUACAAGGAAGUGCCCUUACAUCAGAAUCCCCCAAGUCUAAGCGAGCUCGAACUGUUUCUCCCACAAAAAAGAGCCACUCACCCAUCAAGUUCAAAAGGUCAGCAGCUGGGUCUCAGGCCACUACCCCAACCAAACGCCAGGCAAGCUUAGCAGAAUUUUUCCCCUUGACUCCCCCAAAGAAGAGUUUGCGAUUAGAUGAGGAAAGUGUUACGCCACCUGGAUGUACAGGUAGGACUAACCUACAUGGGGCAGGUACUAGUGACAUUAUUACCACACACGACCCUGAGGGUACAGGUACAGAUGACCUUGGUACUACUGCAGGUACCAUUGACUUAAGUGGUGCUGGAACUAAUGAAGCACUGUUGUCCCAAGAUGAAAUCGCAGCUUGCCAGCAGUUUGACUGGGAUGAUGAUUUUUGAGACAGGUUUAAACUCUAUUCACUGUUUUGUUUUGGUAAAAUUUAAAGAAAUAAAAAAGAACAAAUGGUAAGACUAAUGCUGUCUUGUUUUUUCCUAUGCCGAGUAGGCAUAUACUAGCCAUGUAUAUUUUUGUUCAAUUAUUCAUUGAGUUAGUUCCCUUUAUUGAAAGUCUUUUGUAAAAUAAAACAGUUAAACACAGAUAAUACUGUGGGCUUUAAGUCAAAGAGUAAAACCUCUAAAUCUGGUUCUUCCUAGCCUGGCUUUCAACUGGUAUGAUGGUAAACUUUAUCAAUUAUUGUAUGUAGUAUAAGUUUUAGACUGCUGGUGUAACAACACACCUUUGACUCACUCCCAGUGAAAAACAACUUUGAAAAAAUCUUUUAUUUGGUGUGAUCACUAGUCAGAUGUUUUCUUGUAUUGCAAAGUUUGCAAGAAAAGAUUAUGCAAGAUAUGUUAAGAUGGUGUGUGCAAGAAGAUACUUUAAAAGUGUUUUUCUACAGCUGGUGGAGGAUUGGGUUUGGUCAAUUGUAGAUCACAUGAUUCCUUACUCAAACUUCUUCUGUGUAUUUGCCAUGCUCAGGUCCGGAGGAUGCUCACUGUAAGUCUGCCCAUCUUAGAUGGGUACCUGACUUGAAUCAGUGAAAGUAAAGACAGAUGCACAUAGUGCUGACUUGACUGUGCACUUAGUGCCGACUUGACUGAAGCACAUAGUGCUGACUUGAUUGCUGCACUUAGUGCUGACUUGACUGAUGCACUUAGUGCUGACUUGACUGAUGCACCUAGUGCUGACUAGACUGAUGCACUUAGUGCUAACUUGACUGAUGCACAUAGUGCUGACUUGACUGUGCACUUGGUGCUCACUUGACUGAUGCACUUAGUGCUGACUUGACUGUGCACUUGGUGCUCACUAGGCUGAUGCACAUAGUGCUGACUAGACUGAUGCACAUAGUGCUGACUAGACUGAUGCACAUAGUGCUGACUAGACUGAUGCACAUAGUGCCGACUUGACUGUGCACUUGGUGCUCACUAGACUGAUGCACAUAGUGCUGACUAGACUGAUGCACAUAGUGCUGACUUGAUGGCUGCACAUAGU